AGCCAUUUUCGAGAGAACCGAUCUCUCGGCAGUAGCGUUAAGACAGUCCGAGAGAAUGGCUCGCGACGCACGUUUUAACGACGUUUCGUGUUUGGCCCUGGUCAUCCUCCUCCUCGUGCCAUCUUUGCAUGCUCUCUCAAAAAACGAUCUCUACCCUCACAAUGUUCCAGGAACUAAUAUACUCGAGUACGAUACCAAUGGGAUUCUUCAAUCGGUCGAGGCAAUUCUCAAAACGCCGAUUGUCUUUUACGAUAAAGUCUACAAUAACAUAUUCGUAAACGCAAAUGGCGUCUUAUCAUUUGCACGAGCAAUGCAGAGGUUUUUUAAUAUUGCUUUCCCAUUGGAUGAUCCGGUGAUUGCACCACUCUACACGCACGUCGAUACGAGAGCAUCAGGAACAAUUUAUUGGGCCGAGACAGAUUCCCCGGAGGUUAUUGCGAGAGCAGGUGGAACGAUACGAAGCACGUUCAAGGAUGCGCUCGAUUUCGAGCCGACCCACGUCUUUUUGACAACUUGGCUGGACGUUGGUUAUUAUAACGAAAAUAACGAUAAGGUUAAUACUUAUCAAGUAGCAAUAUCUUCGAACGGCACACAUUCUUUCGUCGAAUUAUUAUACCCAGAGAAUGGAAUCCAAUGGAUACAAGCGGAGUCACAUCCCAGUGGAUUGCCAGAUGCCAAAGCUCAGGCUGGUUUUAUGAGCGAGGGUCGAAUAACAACGUUGCAAGGUUCAGGCACCGAUCAGAUUCAAAACGUUGACAAAUGGUCGAACAUUAACAGACCAGGUCAUUGGGUGUUUCAAGUUGGACCAAUCGCCGAUGGUGAAGAUGUCAAGACACCCGAUAGCAUAGAAGAUACUACAGGUGGUAGCCAAACACCGAGUUGCAGAACAGGUGCGACUACUUGUCACAGUAAAGCAACUUGUAUUGACUAUGAAGUUGGGUUUUGUUGCAGUUGUAAACAGGGAUUCUUUGGAAAUGGAAAAUCUUGUCAACCGAAUGACGUACCACUUCGCGUCAUUGGCCGUAUCUCUGGUACGAUCAACGAAAUUGAGUUUCCGUCGAGGGAUCUUCAAUGCUACGUGCAAACCAAGGAUGGAAGGACAUAUACCGCUUUGUCGAGGGUACCAGAAGAGAUAGGCGCAAGUUUCCAGCUUCUAAGUAAUUUGGGAGGAGUUAUUGGUUGGCUCUUUGCGAAGCCAGUCAGUGAAACAAAAAAUGGAUAUGAGCUCACAGGUGGUUUAUUCAAUCACACGUCCGAGAUUCUCUUUACCUCUACUAACGACAGAGUGACCAUACGAAAUAAUUAUCAGGGAUUGGAUGUCUUUGGACAAUUGAAAAUGGAAGCAGAAAUAACAGGAAAAUUACCGUAUUUGGAACCAGACACUAGACUCGAGUGUGGUGAUCACGACGAAGUUUACACGAGAUCGCAGCCUGGAAUAUUGCGUACUCAGAGUGAAAGAAGUUGUAAAUUGAUCAAUGGACACUCUGAACGCGAAUUGAUUUUCACGCAGGAUCAAACAAUCGUUUACAAUGAAUGUCCAUAUGCUGAGAAUGAUCCGGAAGAAGAUACGACUAGGUUGAAAUUUUACAGAGGUGUCACUACUUAUGAGGCAAGAGAAGGAAUAAUAAGAUUUGCUGUUAAUACAAAAAUUGCACCUUUGGAAGAAGAGGAUCCAUGUAUUCAGGGUAAAGAAACAUGUGGAGAACAUAGUUCUUGCGUCGUUGAUGAGGAUAGCUUCAAGUGUGUCUGCAAUCCUGGAUAUCAGUACCUUUACGAAGAAGAUGGUAGCGCCAUUUGCGUGGACGUGAACGAAUGCAGUGCUGGUAAUCACAUGUGUUCUCCUGAUGCUCAGUGUAUCAAUCAAGAAGGAAGUCAUACUUGCCACUGUCGGCCUGGUUUUUCGGGAGACGGUCGAGUUUGCGAAAAACUUCCUUCUUGCAAAGAUAUUCGUUGUCAAACGUAUGAGCUAUGUGUGAUAAUAGAAAAUACACCGACUUGUAUUUGUGCUCCUGGCUUCGAUCAAACUGAUCAAGGCUGUUACCCUGUUCAGCAUAUUUCCUGCGAUAUCGAGGACAAUUGUUCGCCUAAUGGCAUGUGCAGUUUCGAUGGGGAUAAGCAAAAGCACGUCUGUAUUUGCUCGGCUGGUUAUAUCGGCGAUGGAUACAAUUGUUAUUCGGAAAACGAUACAAUAACCGAGGAACCACCGCAACCACAGUGUUUGAUAGAAAUGUGUUGGUGCCCACAAGGAUGGAGAUUCCAAGAUGACAAUUGCAUCAAAGAAGAGGAGGGUUAUACAACCGUUGACUAUAUUCGAGAUUUAUCGGCACGUCCACUUCCGGAAUGUUUCGAGGACGACUGCAUAUGUCCAUGGGGAUACGAUUAUGAUCACCGAGACGAGAUUUGCAUUCCUAUACCAGGAUUCAACCACGAUACAAUGGGUCCAACUGGAUUUCACCCAUCAUGCAACGUCGUGAACAGAUGUCAUCCCUAUGCUCAGUGUGUCUACGUACCGAACACAGGCGAUUACGAGUGUCGUUGCAAUCCUGGAUACGAAGGUGACGGUAUGGAAUGCACGAAAACAGAGGUGUCCUGUCUGGAAGUCGACAUAUGCGAUCCAAACGCUUCAUGCCAACACGAGGAACCCAUCGCAAAAUGCGUCUGCAAUCCUGGAUACGAAGGCGACGGGACGACCUGCAGUCCUAUUGACGAGUGCAACGACAAUUCGGAUUGUUUGAAGAACGAGAGAUGCACGUAUAAUCCAACGAGUUCUCGCUACGAAUGCACCUGCAAUGUAGGUUUCAGCAUGGUCGACGGUCAAUGCGUAGUAGCGGAUUGUUCGACGAAUCCAUCGCAAUGCCACGUUAAUGCUCAAUGUGUUUCUACUGGUGACGGUGGCUAUAAAUGCGUUUGCAUCGCUGGAUAUCACGGUGACGGUGUACGACAGUGCGUCGAAGAUCACAUUGGUUGUAAUGUCGUAUUCAAUUGCGGAAGAAAUGCAGCGUGUGGCUAUAACCAGACAUCGACGAAUUACGUUUGCAUCUGCCAACCGGGUUAUUACGGUGAUGGUUUUACCUGUCUACCUCAGUCAUCCUGCAGACAAGAUUCAAACCUUUGUUCUUCGGAUGCAAGUUGUGUAUCAGCUGGAGACAAUAAAUUUGCUUGCGUUUGCAAUGAUGGCUUUACCGGUGAUGGUACUAAUUGUCGACCGAGACCAAAACACGAUGCAAAUUUCCUUUUGGUAAAUCAAGGAAUGGCGACUUUAAGGAUACCAUUCGUACCGACUUCUGAUAAUUUAGGAAGUCCGAUACACAUAGCAUACACACAAAUGUCUAUCGCAUUGGACAUCGAUUGUCUCGGUGGAAGAGCUUAUUCGAGUGAUAUCACUGGUAACAGAAUACUUGAAUUGACUUAUAACGGUUCGAUCGCCAAUGUAUUCAUCGACAAGGUCAGCAGUCCCGAGGGACUGUCGAUCGAUUGGGUCUCAAGGAAUAUCUUUUGGACAGAUUCAGGAAAAGCCACCGUUGAAGUGGCCAGUCUCGAAACGAAAAAACGUAAAGUCCUUGUCUCGGAUGGAUUGGUUAAUCCUCGGGGAAUCGCUGUGCAUCCGUAUCAGGGUAAAAUAUUUUGGUCCGAUUGGAACCGUGCCUCACCGAAGUUAGAAUGGGCUAAUGAAGAUGGCACAGGCAGAGCGAUCUUCCUUCAAGGAGAUUACGUUAAGUUACCAAAUUCAUUAAGUAUCGAUUGGGCUACUGAUGAACUUUGUUGGGCCGAUGCUGGAACUUUCACGAUAACUUGCAUCGAAAUCGCUAACAAAGAAGUAAACGUGGUAGCGAAGGACCUGAUUUAUCCCUUCGGCUUGGCAAUCUCUCAGAAUCAUUAUUAUUGGACCGAUUGGAAAACGCACAAGAUCGAGCAGGCUUUGAAGAGCAACGAAGAAAGACAACCAGCUAUAUCGAUCCCACCUGGUGGAAACGGCAAACUAUAUGGAAUUGUGGUUGUUCCGGAGACGUGUCCCCAAGUCACGAACGUCUGCCAAUAUGAAAAUGGAAUGUGCAAUAAGGAUCAGCUCUGUUUGCCCGAUGGACAAGGAGGGAGGACGUGUGCUUGUGCUGAUGAUGCUACAGGACCUUGCACGGAUACUAAUUAUUCUUCGUAGUAGUAUUCUCGAGAGAAAAAGGAAGAGCGAGAGAGCGAGAGGACGAGAGAGCGAGCGAGCGAGAGAGUGAGUGAGCGAGAGGGCGAGAGAUUGGGAAAGUGAAAGAGAAGGAUAGAGAGAGAAGAAAAAGAAGAAGAAAAAGCGAGAGAGGGAAUACUAAUGUUCGACAGUAACGAAGCUAUGAUAGCAUCUCGAUGGAGUUUGCGAGAGAAAAAAGACGUUUCAGAGAUAAAAAAAAGGAAGAAAGAGAGAGCGGGAGAGAGAGAGAGAGAAAGAGAGAGAGAGAGAGAGAGAGAAAGAAAGAGAUAGAGAGAGAGAGAGAGAGAUAGUAGACGUUCAAAGUAUCUAUUUUACUAUUAGAUAGUGUGUAAAUUAUAAAACAUUAUUUUUAAUAUUAAUUAGACUUAUUAUCAUUCGACAUACUUGAAGUAACAUACUCUCUUUUACUUUAUUUUUCUCUUUUUUUCUUUUUAUUUGUUUUCCUUUUCUUUUCCCCUUUCCUUUUUUUCUUUUUUUUUCUUUUUUUUUUCUUUUUUUAAUUUUUAAUUAACGUUAGAACGCAGUUUAUGAAUGAAGCUAUAUUUGUCAAGGCGCGUUAUUUAAUAAAAUUGAAAAGAUACGACAAAUCGUAUUUAAUGUUUUCUUUCAUGUCUUCAUUCAAAGAAUCACAGGGGUGCACGCUGAUAUUUUUUAUAUAACAUAUUUUUUAUUUAGAAAGAUUAGGUCCACUUUUUGGAACGAAAUACCCAGCUGUAAUUAUCGCAGUACCGAAAACGUAGUAAAUUACUUGAUAAUAGGUUUAAUCGUGAUGCACAGGUAACACUGUUGAAUGAAAAUAUUUAAUGAUGGAAUCAAUUAAAAAAUGGUAUUUAUAAAAAUUCGACAUUGACGAUAGGAAUGCUUAUGCUUAUGCAUGCGAUAGAUUAUUUGUUUAAUACGGUUUAUCCAGAUAAAUACAUUAAAACAACAUACGGCUUAAAAAUAUUUAUUCUAAAAUUAUAUUUGCAACGUGAGAUAUCGUAAUUUAUAAAAAUACUACUAUACAGUAUGCUUUUAUAAUGAGAAGCAGCCAGUUAUGAAGAUAAACGUCGAGGGAAUAGCACGUUAGUUUGCUACAGUAAAUGGUUCCAUUCGCGUGUUAUUUUUUAUGCAAAGUGAAAAUCAUGCAAAAUGAAAGACGACUUUUAAAUAAAAUAUCUGAGAUGUAUGUAUAUUUCUUUAAUGUAUAUACCGAGUCAAAUUAUUUAAGAUUGCCGAUUUGAAAAUAUUUCAAUUAGUUUUGAUGAUAUCGAUAAAUUUAUAAAAAAAGAAAAAAGAAAAAGAAACGAAAGUUGAUAUAUUGUUUAUGCAAUAGAUUAAAAAACAGAUUAAUAUUGUUUUAAGAGAUUUACUAUAACUAUUCUUUUAUACGACUUAAUAUAAUUGAUAACGACGAUACGUUUUUUUUCGAAGUCUAUCAUUGGGGAUUACAAGACAUGUUAAAUACAAAUUGAUGUUACUUUUUGAAUACAAAAUCGAGAACAAUCAUAUGUCUUUUAUAAUCAAUAAAUGGUAUUUAAAUUAUAUUUUUAUUCGCAGUGAAUAUAAUCAUACAAAUUUAAAACGUUUGAAGUAUUCAUUGAUCCUUAUUAAUUUGACAUAUUCAAGAGAAAAUUAUGUUACUUUCAAGGAAAGGACGAAUGAUCCUCACGAAUAUAAAUUUUAGGUAACAGUUUUGAUCUCUGCUAUAUCAGUUACAUACUUUGAAUAAAAGAUUUUUUUUCUAUCUUCUUUUUUUCAAAAAUUAUUAUCAUAAAAAUUAAAUAUCAUAAAAAUAAACGAUAUCAUGAAAAAUAAUUGAGAUGUUAUCAUGUUAAAUUUUACGUGACUGGUAUAUAUACACAGACACAUCGUUCGUCCUCGGAUAUUAAUUAACGAGCUUCUUUUUAGUAGACGACGACAUUAAAUUGUCUCUGUAUAAAAACGAGGAGGAAAAAGAGUGAGAGAGAGCUUCAUAUCAUAAAUCGUUCGAUUAUGUGAUAUGAGAAAUAGAGGGUU